AUGCACCAAAGCAGCUAUGGUGAACAGAGAAUGGAAACCACUCCUGGGAAUGAUCCUCUGUGCGACUUUCGAGAGCACGGCGUGAGACACAAGCAACGGGAAGACGCGAAAGAUGAGCCUGGAGAAUAUUUUCCACUCAUCGUCGCUGUGUCAGAGAAGAUAGGGAACAAGAAAGCAGGGAAUAACGCGUCUCCACGAAAGAGCCGAUUUCUCUUGAUAGCAGAGGAGCAGAAGUUGCCUACAAAAAUCACACAAAAGCACGUCCCAGCGAAAGCGACACAAGGCCCGUCGUCGUCUAAAGCUCUGGAGUUUCCUCACGCGCACGUUUUGAUCAGUCGUUUCACUCACAACGUUAACAAGCACGGACACGAGCUGCGAACCGAAAUGCCCGCGCAAACUCAUUUUGGCUCAGUGACAACCGCAAGCCUUCACUUGCAUAUUGCGAUAGCGCUUCAAAAUGACAUUCGAGUCGUCGUCAUAGAAUAUGACGGAUACUUCACCCAGUUUCGUGGGAGCACAGCAGGGCUUUGGCGCCGUGUGCUGGCUCAUCAGGUUGACCAGCGUUUGAACAAUGGCGUGGUUCGUGGCAUUCAUUUGCGCAUUCAGCGGAAAAGUGCACUCGCCUUCGCAAUAGAACGCCGGGUACCCGUUCGGGGCGAUGAUCCAGUCCUGCCAAUUCAGAAAAACUCGGACUUGUCGCCGAUAUCCGUAAUCGGAAUAGAAAUACCAAAAAGGGCUCCUUCUCGGCUCUCACCAGGUGGUGGGAAUGGAGACCCACUUGAAUCGGCUUCGCAACGUGGCCUAUUUUUCGGGGGACACAAGUCCUUUCUCGCGCUCCGAAAUUCGGGAAUCGAAAUGAUCAACUCACCAUCCGCGAGAUUCACGUCCAGGUACAAUCCGAAAUUCGUAUCCGGAAACACCAUCCAAUCGGUGAAAGCCUUCGUCACAUUGAAUGUCAACCAUCCGUCCGAUGUUGUGGACGACCAUACGGUGUUUGAUCUGGAUUCAAAUCAGUGUCUUCGGAAAUUCGCAGAAUUCGGACACGACCUCUUUCACGACGAUAAAAGCAGAAAAUGUUCAAACCAGACAGUUUCUCGAUUGACCCAUUCCGUCAGAAUGAUUCAAACACGCUUGCGGCAACACUGGAAAAUACUUGAGAAUCUUUCUCAAUCGAGUGGGGGGUUCCAAAUUUGCCAUGAAAAUUACACCACGUCGCCUUCUGUGACUCCGAAGUGUUUCAAAUCUCGCGAUGAUCGCGAUGUUGUGGACGACCAUACGGUGUUUGAUCUGGAUUCAAAUCAGUGUCUUCGGAGAUUCGCAGAAUUCGGACACGACCUCUUUCACGACGAUAAAAGCAGAAAAUGUUCAAACCAGACAGUUUCUCGAUUGACCCAUUCCGUCAGAAUGAUUCAAACACGCUUGCGGCAACACUGGAAAAUACUUGAGAAUCUUUCUCAAUCGAGUGGGCACCCUUUAAAGCCGGACGAAACUAAAAUGAAGCUGCGCAAAGCGAAACAGUGGCAAUCAUCAUUCAAGCGCUCAUCGCGACAAAUACAAUACAAAGGAAACCUCGGUCAGGAUCAGCCAGUCAAGCGAUUGAACCUGGUCCAAGUCCAAGACUCACCAACAUCCAGCUCUUCUUCACCCGCAAAAUGAGAUGCAAGCAGCGGAAAACACACACGGGAUCCACUGAACUAGAAAUACCACGCAGUUUACUCGUGCUGAGGCUCGCAAACAAUCGUGAAACGAUAAUAAAUAAAUGGGAAUUCCAAUGCUACUGGCGUCGAUUCACAAAACCUACGAAAACGGAACAAAAACCACUGCACUCAGCAACAACAACGAAAAAAGAAGAAGCACACCACGCAGAAGUCGCAAACAGUGAAUCACUCACGCAAAAUCCAUAAGUCUAAUUUUCGCAUAAAAAAUGUACAACCCUUGGAAAUAACAUAACCAAAAAAGCAUAAUCGCUCACUCCGUUCAAGCGAAAAAAUUAAUGAUCAACAAUACAGGACGGAUUCUUUCAAGAUCACAUGCCUUUGUUUUGAAUUUGCUGUUCGCUGAAAACUGCUGAUAAGUAAAACUUUUCCUCCGAGAUUGCUCCGACAAUAAUAAAAUACCAUAUACAAAUCGCUAGAAUCAAGGAAUCCCCUCGGAUAACAAAUUCAGGCAAAUGGCCUAUGCGUUUAGAUGUAACUGGAACCGGAAGGACCAGGUUGCAUUUGGACGGUG